GUGGUGUUCUUCAACGGGUUCAAGCCUUCAACUCCUGUCAAAGGCAUCAAGGAGGUUGUACCGGAUGAACUUGCGACGCUGUAUGCGGACGAAAACAUGCCGAACAUGUUUAAGAUGAAUGAAAAAGGCAUCCAGGCUGGAUUUAAGCAGUACGCAACAUUCAUGUCUGAGGGUCCACGUGCCACAUUAGCGAGCAAGGAGGUCGAUGAGCUUUUGAAAGAGAAAUUCGACCUGGUCAUGUUUGGUCCGCUCGGUUACCCUUUCUAUUUCAUGGCACAUCUGCUCAAGGCGCCAUUCAUUCUGAUAUCUCCGAUCUCUUACUAUCCAGUUAUGACAAGUGUGUUGGGCUCACCGACGCUUCCUGCUCUUCAACCUCUUCCACUCACUGCGUCAACUAACCGCAUGGGUUUUAUGGAACGUGUCAAAAACAUUCUGGGGUACGUCUUUAUGCACUCCGCACCCAGCAUCGUGUUCGCAAGGUAUGCGGACAAAAUGGUUGCAGAGAAGUUCGGCGAGGGCGUGAUUCCUCCAGCCAGAGAGAUCGAACGCAAUGCCAGCCUUGUCCUACUCAACAGCAACCCAAUGAUCGACUACCACAAGCCGCUGCUGCCCAAUGUCAUCGAGGUGGGUGGACUGCAUUGUGCGGACGCGAAGCCCCUGUCCAAGGAGCUGACCAGCUUCCUCGGCGACUCAGAGUACAUAUUCUUCAGUCUAGGCUCCGUGGUACGUCCUCAGGACAUGUCUGUGGGUCAACGUUCGGCUGUGCUCAACGCCCUCGGUGCGAUGCCGUUCAAGGUCCUGCUCAAGUGGGACACCACAGACCGCACCAACAUACCGGCCAACAUCCUGCCGUCCAAGUGGCUGCCACAGCAGGACAUCCUGGGUGACAGCAAGUGCAGGCUGUUCAUCUCACACGGCGGCUUCGCCAGCGUUCUGGAAGCCCUCUGUCAUGGCGUUCCCAUGGUGGCCAUGCCAGUGACGGUAGACCAGCAUUGUAACGCGGCUCACGCUGUUGAUCUUGGCGUGGCGGAGAUCCUGACGUGGGAGAGCCUGACGUCUGAGACGCUGCAGGCGGCCAUCCGCUCCGCCAUGUCUCCCGGGCACCGGGCGGCGUCCCGCUACCGCCAGGAGCUGCUGGCCUCUCAGCCGGUGCCGCCCCGUGACCUGGCCGUGCACUGGGUGGAGCACGUGAUCCGGCACGGCGGCGCGCCGCACCUCAGGUCGGUGGGCGCCGACCUCAACUUCUUCCAAUACUACUCGCUCGACGUGGUCGCCUUCCUGCUGGCAGUACUGGUGCUGGUGCUGAAGCUGCUGGUGGCACUGGGCAAGUGUUGCUGCCGCUGUCUGUGCAGGCGGAAGACAGGUCCGGCGCAAACGAAAACCAAACGGUUCAAACGUGACUAGCUGCAUGCCAUCUUUACAGCGUGCCCACAAGUGCUGUAGUACAAGUAUCGGAAAGAAUGGCGGUUGCCUAUUCGACAUUGACAAGUUGAUUUGUCAUCAGGUGUGUAUGCACAUCGAGGCUGUCUACAUGCUAUCUUGGCUACAUGAUGCCAAUUAAACAUGUGGAACACUCUCAUUACGUGCGUUGAUUCGUCCGGCUUGCGUUUAUUCCACAAUAAUGUUUGAUAUAGCAUACUAUUUAAUGGCUUUAUGCAUAUGAGACCAGCAUUAGGUUGCCGCAACCAAACAGACUUUUGGUUAGCAGCAGCCGGGCUACAUCAUGGGUGUUGCGAGAACACGCAUUGGCAAGCUAAACAAAGCUCGAUACGUGUCUGUAGUUAGCAUACUUAAACACAGUUAAUGGCUUUCAUUUAAAGGCUUCGUCAAUCCGUGUUUACCACCCACUUGCCGUGCGCGCGUACGGAAGUCCUGGGUCGUCAUUAGCUACAUGUGGUAGCUGCAUGCGCUGACAAAUAUAUCUCCAAG